UCACCAGAGAUCCCUGCGCUUCACAUGACCCUAAUCUGCCUAAUUACAUUAUGGUUGCUAAAACCUUCUCCAACUGCAGCGUCACUGCCUUUGACAAGGUGGCACGGACACUUCAAACACAGACGACACAAAGCUCAUUCUCCUGCACAACAGGGAAACAUUCAACAUCAAGUCAACCAGGAGAUGUUUGCCAAACCUGGGGCCCCCCAGCAAGACAAAAUGUUGACCAUCCAGGUUAAAAAUACCAUGCUGCAUCUGAAUGGCCAAAACCUCCGACUGGAAGCUAAAAAUGGCCGCAAUUCAAAAACACCUGGCCUCCAUCUGUCAGCAGCACAUGGAAAGGAAGCAGUGGGUCAGCUUACUGGCUGCUUGCUGACCCAGGAGGGCACGGCACAGUUGGACUUGUUUCAGCUCAAGUCACCCAGGCCUGAGUUAGAGAGGGAGGGCGAGAAUCAACCGCAGAGGCGCCCUCUGAAGCUGGCCCCUCUGCAGCUGACAGAGGAAGUGAAGGAGGCGCAGAGGCAGAAACUGAAGUUCAUCCAGCAGGAGGUCAAACCAGGGUCCUGUAAACUGGAUGGAACAGUGAAUGAGCCCUGCACGAGGAAGGUGAAGUCCUGUGUAAGGCAGGGUUUGGUGAAAUCUGCAGAAUGCCCCUCUGCUUGUAUCGCUCCUCUCAAAGCCCAACAGCAGAACAGAUUCCCAAGGCCCCAGCUGAUCCGCACCAACCCCACUGAGCAGACUGGAAGCAGACUUCUGGACGACGUGGUGUGUCACGGUACCCCAGCUCCUUUGUGCAGCAAGCCUGCCCCUCCUUCACUGUCAUCCCGAGUGAGAGCACGAGCCGCAUGUGGCACAGAGGCGGUAAGACAAAACCCCAAAACAGUCCAGCAGGAGACUGGGACGAGACGGCUGAGACUGAGGAGGGCAAAGUGCCUUGAAGAGGAUCAGUGCAAUUCAAACAUGUCAACAGUUGGAUUAUGUGCAGAUAAAAUCAAGCUGGCCCAAGGUGUUCAAGGCAAAGGGCAGGGGGCAGAGAGGGCUCUGAAAGGCCAGCUGCAUCCUGGAAGAGGUAUCAGAGAGCCUCUUGCAGAAUGUGGAAGCACCCGUAAGAACCAUCAAGAGGACUGCAGUCAGCAAUCUGCGAGGUGCACCCUGAACCGACAGUCGGCUGAUGGUGGGAGCAGCGAACAUGGACUGGAGGGAGUUAAGCUAAGUGCUGCCAACUGGAGAUUAAAGAGGAAAAAACCCUUGAUCACAAAACACAACAAUGCAGUCCCUCUGGAACGGAUCCAGCUGUAACCGCAGUCAUCUCCCACUCUCGCAGCUCAGACUCUGUUACAUGAUGUCAUACUUAGAGACGUCACUAGAAGAGCCAUAUACUACUAGUUAUUGAACAGACAUAUAAAGGACACUUAGUCUCAACAAUCUGCUUAGCUUCUGGCAAAUCAUAUGAGGGAAUCACAUCCCAUUUCUGACCUCCUGCUGUGCAGAAUAAGUCUCAUAGAGAGCUCAAAUAUCUUUGGUGUA